UUUCAAAACAAUCGAAAUGGCGGCGUCUGUAAGAUGGAGUCUACUGCGCUUCAUACUGUCACAGUCAUCCGCACAGCAGUUGAGAUUGCAAGUAAAUAAGAGAAAUCAGUGCCUUUCACUGUGGGCUGCCCAAAACCACAGAAUACAGUCUCAACAUUAUGAAAUUAAACCAUUCUUAGUGCGAACACUUUCAAUUUUAACCCAAGACACACCAAAUCCAAGAAGUUUAAAGUUCAUUCCUGGUAAACCUGUAUUAGGAACAGGGACUCGAGAUUUCCCAACAUCAGUCUCAGCAGAAAGUUCCCCUUUAGCAAGGGAUCUUUUCCAAAUCGAAGGUGUAAAAAGUGUCUUUUAUGGGCCAGAUUUUAUCACACUGACUAAGACGGACAAUGAUGUUGAAUGGACAGACAUUAAGCGGCAUGCAAUUGAGGUCAUCACUCAAUUCUUUAACAGUGGAGAGUCCAUCACAACAGGAGCGACUCAUGCUGAGAGUAGUGUCAUGGAGGAUGACGAUGACAUAGUUUCGAUGAUAAAGGAGCUUUUAGACACCCGGAUCAGACCCACAGUACAGGAGGAUGGUGGUGAUAUCAUAUUCAAAGGCUUUGAGGAUGGUACCGUGAAGUUAAAGCUGGUUGGUUCCUGCACAGGCUGUCCAAGCUCCACAGUCACCCUAAAAAAUGGCAUCCAGAACAUGCUGCAAUUCUAUAUACCUGAGGUGGACAAGGUAGAACAGGUGGAGGAUGAAGUUGAUGAGAUCAACACUAAAGUGUUUGCAGAACUGGAGCAGAAAUUGCAAGACUCAUAGCAUGAGACCUCUCUAAUGCUGUUGCCACAUUUCAAUGUGUUGUAAAUGUGUUAUAGUAGGAUUCAAAAACUAUGUAAGGAAGUUCCAUAUUUAAAGUUUAGAAUCUAGAAUGGAAUGGAAUAUUUAACCAAGCGUAAAGUCUUCAUAAUUUGUUCUGUUUCUGCUAUAAUAGUGCUAUAUUGCAACUGCUAGUAAAAAAAAAAAUAACCUGAGCUCUGCACUUUCCAUGUUGCCUUCAUGUAUUCUGGGUGGCACUCUUAGAUAAGCACUCACUAUGUGUUACAAGAUUCAUGAUACUUAACAGGUUAUGUUACUUGUCUGCGAAAAAAUGUGUGGACGGUUAUACUUGUAAUUACAAUAUUUAUAGCACAUUGCAAUUUCACAUACAUAUUUGACAAACACUGUAAUUAAGUGACAAUUCCUCUGCUGCAAUGUUGUGAUCCUGAAAUAUUAUAAAACCUAAAAUGACAAUUUAAAGUAAUGCAGAUCUUCCACAGCUCUCAUAAUCUUUUAGAAUGAGUUGUGAAAGUUUUGUUUGUGUUCAUGUUCAUCUACAGCUUCCCUCCUGCAGUUCUGUAUGACCUAUAAUUAAAUAAACAGUUAAGGAAAGAAAAUGA